AUGAUCGCAAUUGGAGGCGUCAUCGGAACUGGACUCUUUCUGGGAACUGGAACUGAUUUGCAACAUGGUGGUCCCGCCGGUUUGCUUCUUGGAUACUGUAUAAUGGCAUCGCUACUGUACUCGGUAAUGGUCGCUCUUGGUGAAAUGGCCUCGCAAUUCCCUAUUCCAGGGGGCCAAUUUGCUCUAGCCAGUCGCUUUAACUCGCCUGAGCUUGGAUUUGCCAUGGGUAUCCUAUUUUGGUAUAACUAUAUUGUCGUUUUGCCGGCUGAGAUCUCAGCCGCUGCCGUUCUUAUCACAUAUUGGACUCCAGCAGGGCAGGCAGAUUCAACCUGUACCACCGGAAUCUGCAAUAAUGCGAUGUGGGUAGGGCUCAUGCUGAUAGUUGUGUUCCUCAUCAAUUAUGCUGGGACGCGCAUCUUCGGCGAGAUAGAAUUUUGGUUCUGUUCAAUAAAGCAGGUUUUAACGAUUAUUGGCAUGAUAAUUGCUGGUGUGAUAAUCAGCGCCGGUGGAGGCCCCAAUCACGAAGCAAUCGGAUUCAAGUUCUGGAAUGAAACAGGCGGCUUCGUACAGUACGAGGGCAUUGGGGGAGCCAAAGGCCGUUUUCUAGGAUUUUUCAGCGUAUUGAUUAAUGCGGCUUUUGCGUUCAUCGGGUCUGAGAUUACCGCAAUUGCGGCAGCUGAAACAUCCAAUCCACAAAAGAACGUUCCUCGAGCCAUCAAGAGCGUUUGGAUCAGACUUGUUCUGUUCUACCUUUGCAGUGCUUUUUUGAUCGGUCUCCUUGUAUCCCCUUCAGAUCCAUCUCUCAGCCUCUCUUCGACGGCUGCUAAGAGCCCCUUCGUUAUCGCAUUUGAGAAUGCUGGAAUAUCCGUGCUGCCAUCCAUCAUAAAUGCUGCCCUCCUUACCAGUGCUUGGUCUGCCGGUAUUGCCGAUCUCUUUGUGUCAACGCGUGCCUUGUUCGGGCUUGCUUGCAGAGGACAUGCGCCCAAGAUAUUUUUGAAGACCCGAAAAGAUGGUUUCCCCUGGGUCUGCUUCCUGUUUAGCGGUGCAUUUGCGUUCCUCUCAUUUAUGGCCGCCGCCUCGGGAGAAGCGGGCAAGGUCUUCGGUUACUUCGCGAACAUGACUGCGAUAUGCGGCAUGAUCUCUUGGACUGGUAUUUUAUGGACCAGUAUCCGUUGGAACAAAGGUUUGAAGGCGCAGGGCAUCGACCGCCGGACCUUGCCAUACAGAGCACCUUUCCAACCUUACCUCUCUUACUAUGGAAUGUCGGUCUGUAUUCUGGUCAUCAUAUUUGGUGGCUUCAGUGCGUUCAUUCAUUCUUUUGAUGUAUCCUCUUUUGUCACGACAUACUUCCCUAUUCCACUUUUUGCGGUGCUGUUCUUUGGCUACAAACUCUGGAAUAAGUCGAAAAUGGUCGCCUAUUCAGAGAUGGACUUUGUCUCCGAGUCUUCGAUGGAAAUACCCGACAAUGAACUUCCCAAGAGUACGUGGCAGAAGAUAUCGGAAAGAAUUUGA